UCUGCACCCACCAACAUCAAUGGUACUCUGUACCCUUAUCAAGCCCCUGUUUCCAAAUAUAAGUCAAGCACACUUGAAAAAGUAAUUUUAAGUGCAAUUCUGAGACAUACAUAAAGCCUAUUUCUGCAAACAGCCUAAAAAGUGGACUAAAAGUACACUUUUCUAUUUUUUACUUUAAGUAUACUAGUAGUACACCUGAAUACAUUCUUUUUCGUAAGGGUAGAAACAGUGGAGACGAUUAACGCCAGAGAAACUGCUACACAGAAGGCGUCAGAGAAUAUGUUUGACAAUGUUACAAAGAAAUUAAAACCAGGAUUAUUCAUAGCUGUACCAGGAGAACUGCGUGGUUAUGAGCUGGCACACAAAAGAAGCGGGAAACUCGAUUGGAGAGAGUUGUUUCAGCCCAGUAUAAAGCUGGCACACAAUGGUUUUAAGAUUGGGAAGGCCUUGGCCAAAGCAAUUAAAGAGAAUGAGGAAACAAUUCUCAAUAAUGCAUCAUUGUGUGAAGUGUUUUGCAAAUCAAAGAACAAGAUCAAGGAGGAAAAUGAUGACAUAUCAUUUCCUAAACUGGCUGAGACCUAUAAGAAGAUAGCAGACGAAAGACCAAAUGCCUUUUACAAUGGGUCAUUAACUGAGAGUAUAGUAAAAGAUAUCACUAAAGCAGAAGGGAUAAUAAUGCGUGAGGACCUGAUGAAUUAUAAGGCAGAGCUGAAUGAGUAUGCAUUAAACUUCACUGUGGGGAAUUACACAUUUCAUGUUCCUGAUGCUCCAUUUGGUGGACCCGUGCUCGCUCUGAUUCUCAACAUACUCAAAGGUAAAAGGCCACUUUCGUCAAUGUGUCCCACAAUCAUUGUGGACAAACACAACGGAAAGGUCAAAAUGGUGGUCGGAGGUGAAGGUGGGACCAAUAUCACCACAUCAGUUGCUCAGGUGAUCCUGAACUAUCUGUUCUUUGGCUAUGACCUGCAGAAAGCUGUUGAAGAGCCCAGAGUUCAGAUCCCAAUAAAUGAGACAAAUGUAGAAGACUACUUUGUUGGGAGAAGGCCAACAGUUUCAAAUAAAGCUCAACAGAAUUACGAAAGCAACCCACUUAGAAGCACAACAGACAUGAUGCAGGAAUCAACAUGCUCUAUCAUCUCGUCCACUGCAAACACUCUGACUCCUCUGACUAUGGUAAUGUAUUUUAUGCUUCAUUUAUUAAUUGCAUUAGUUUUUUUGUUUGUUUAUUUUUAACCAUUUGGAAAGGAGGCUCAAAAUGAAAACUGAAAAUCCCUGAGAGAAACACAACUAGAUAGGGCUAACAUGGUUAUAUUUCUCUCUCUACUUCCGAUGAAGUGAUGUAUAGAAGUGCCCAAUUUUGUUUGAACUCGAGCAAUCUAAUUGUAGCUGGAUGAACACCAUAUUUUACAAACCACACCCCAAAGGCAGGUACGAAACAAAAGAGGCGCGUGAGAACAAUCUUUGUUUGACCAGUUGUGAUGCGUGUUUGUCAAACACGCCAAGACUUGGCUUAAAUAACCUCAGUAGGCGACUUCAUUUGAAUACGUGGACCUGUAGGUUAUAAAUAGACGCGAGACACCUCUGUCUGAAGAGACAUCCAUGCACGCCUACAGUGCAGCAUUGAAGCACCUUUUUUAGGGAACAGGGUUACAGUCUAUUCUCGAAGCUGUGCUGAAAAGCACUAAUGGGAACGAGAAUACCAACGCCGCAGCACUGGAAGUGAUUCUUGUGUUGCUAUUAGCAAACAAAUAUGCUGUAUGUAUUGAAAGCUUUUUCAUAUAUUUUGGUCUAAAGGAUAAAAUUAACUUACAUAAUGAAUGUGAUUGAAAUAAAUAAGGAAAACAGCUGUCAACUACUUAUUGCACAGUCAUUAUCAAGAGAUGUUCGGUAACAGUAGAUGAACACAUUCGAUCAUGUUUACACUUGGUAUUAAAAUGUGUUUUGGUUGAUUGGAUCAUAAGUGGGCACUGGAAACACAUGCCUAUUUACACCUGACAUUUUAAUCUGCAUCUUCUGUCCACUUGUGACCAGAUUAACUCUGUGGUCCUGAUUAAUAGAAGGAUAAAUGGGCGGAUCCUUCUGUCACCAUAACAACAUGGGUGGGAGGGCUAAAGUUAUCACACACUAGUAUUACAUCUGCUUUUAUUUACAGCUGUUGUUUAUUUUUAGUGAUGAAAUCUCGUAUGAUAAGAAUGCAUCCUUGUACAUUUCUAAAAGAUUGCACAAACACUGAAAAAAAUAUGCAAGAUUUACUUAAAAAAACAGCGCAUCAUUCUUGCAAGCUUCUUUUUAAGCCAUUUUUACAUUGAAUUUAAAGCAAUAUUACUGUCAUGGCGUGGUUGUAGAGAAGGAGCUCUCUACGAGAAAAUACUCUUAACAGUUAUAAUCAUACACCUAGGAGCAAAUAAUACUACUACAGGCAGGUAACAAAAAACACACAUAAUAAAGAUGCUAUGAAAGAUGCUUAAUUAAUACAUAAUUAACAAGACUGAAGACAAUCAACAGAAAGUAGUUCACACAGAGCAUGAGGGACAUGAAAACAACAACAGAGUCUAACUGUCUGACAAUUACCUUAAAAUCUUUAGCUGGUGAUGCUUAAAUGUUUGAGUAUCCUAGCAAAUGGUUUUACUCAGAUUUAUUGGUUGGUGUAAUACAAUAUUUUAAGUUAUUUUUUUAAAUUAUCAAAAUUUUGAGAUCAUUUAGAUUACAAGAUUUUAGUUAUUUAACUUUAAAAUACCAAGUCGCUUAUCAACUUACAAUUAGCUGUACAUUACAAGCGGUGGAAGAAACAACAGACAACUGGGGACUAUUAAAGUAAAGUACUUCAUUAUACAAAUGCAUCUUAAAACUUUUCUUAAAACAUGCAACGGUGCUAUCGUUAUGGUAAGACAGUUAAGAUGCAUUAGAAUGUACAGUAGUCCUUCUCCAUGACCUCAACGAAGUCUUUCCAGACCCAGAUUUUUGCCUGUACAACCACUUGGCCCACUGGUACCCAUCAGCUGCCUUAGGAGUCUCAUGAGCCAAACAGACUUAAUGGGACACCUUCUUCAGCUUGACGGCAUCCUCUACUUCUGGUGUCCACCACCUCAGGCUCCUUCCCUCCCAGAGAGGUGGCAUUCCAUGUCUCUUGAGGCAGAUUCUGUGUCCUAGGAUCAGGUCACCGAGGUCCCUGCCUUCGGCCGCCCCUCACAGGCACUACUCAUUAUCACAAUGUAAUUAGGUGUAGUCCACUGUAGACUUGAUUUGUUCAUUCAAAUGUUGCCAAAUUCCAUGACAUUGCAUUUCCACAUUAUAUAGUAAAUUACAUCUUGAAUGGAUUCUUUGAUUCUUUCCGCAUUUUCUCUGUUGUGGAAUUCAUUAUCCAACAUUUACACACACUUUGAGAACCCUUGUUUUAUAUUUAAUUGUUGGCUGAAUGGAGCGGAUGGGAUUAUAUAGCAGUGGAAUAUAAAGGAAUCGGCAGGAAUGGAGGAAGUGACUCUUGGUUUGUCGAGACGGCAUUGUCAUGCAUGAAGAUGAUUUUGCAACCGUUUCUGCAUUAAAGUUCUGAAGUUAUUUGUUUGUAAUUACAAUCAGUAUUUUCACGUCUGCGUGGUUAGUUCUGAAUUUUUUAUCACAAAAUGGUUUUAAACCUCGAAAUGGCGUCUCUGCUUUUCCUCGUUUUACUUUCGUUUUGCAGCAAGUAACCAGCUCCCUCUAGUGACAUGACAUAAACAUGAUGUAAAACUGUAAGAAUGCAAACAGGUUUUAUAAAAUGGAUAGAUUUAGAGUUAGUGUUCACUGUAGGUAUUAUUACAGUAUUAUGAAGUACACUGCUCAGACUUCCAUCGACUUUAUUGAUAUGCAUCUAAACCUACCCCUCACAAAAACUACAUUUAUGUAAAAAUAUGUUUUGGACCAUUUAUAAGUCUUUUUUAAGUGAACUUUGAAUAUGCAGGCUGGUCACAGGACAUGUUUAAUUGGGUAAAAAUAAAGAUAUUAGAAUAUGAACAUAUGCAUAAUUAACUGGACUGGACUUGUAACAAAAAGCUGUUAUUUUAAUGUAUUAUACCGCAUCGUUUUAUUAUCCAGAUGUUUAGUUCUCAGUCAUACUGUGUUCAGUUGCUUUAGUUGAAAGCACAUACUGCUCUGAGAAAGUCAUGCUGCUCCUCGCCACUAGAGAGAGCGAGACUGUGUUUCUAAUGACUGGAGACUAAAGAUAAACACGACUCACCUUGACACGAAUAAACGAAAGUAAAAGGAAAGACGUAUUAACAAGGUUUUAAGUGUUUAACACAAGGCAACACCCGCAUGUUUCGUGGUCCGCAGUCACACUCUUUUUGAGUCAUAGAAAGUAGGAGGGCAGCACGUCCAAAAUGAGUUUGGAUAAGAAGAGAGAGCAUAAAGACAUUAUGUCUGAAGCAAGUACUUCAAGUAAUGAAUCCAUUCACAAUUUGCCCCCUGGAAUCAGUGAGGCCACAGCGACAUCUUACCCCUGCAAGAGGAAGGGAGAAAGAUCAAAAUCUUCAGAACCCAGCAGUGUGUCUGUGAAGAGUGAUAAUUCCAUGAAGAUUUGGCCCGCUGCAUUCAGUGAUGAACCAGUGACCUCUGACCCUUUAGGAGAAAUACAUGAGACAUCCCACUUUCAGAACCAUGUCAGGCAAGACAAAACUGAAGCAGUCCUAAAGACAAAAGCACUGGAGACUAGUAAUAUGCAGAGAGUGAAAAACCAGCACAAAAUCAGCAUGAAGAAAAAGUAUGAGAUAUUAUUUGAGGGACACAAACUCCAACAAAAUCAAACUCUCUUGAACAAGAUCUAUGCACAGCUCUAUAUCAUUGAAGGAGUGAGUGAAGGAGUGAAUAAAGAACAUGAGGUUUUACAGAUGGAGAAAACAGCCAGAGCAAAACACUCAAAAGAGACUCCGAUUGUCACGGUCGCGUUUACGCGGGACGAAGUACACAAGGUUUAGAAUGAACUUAAAUGGGUUUAAUUCCAAAUAGGUAAAAUAAAAGAUAUACAGACAGGCAGGUCGAACAGGCAGGCAGGAUAAACACAGGUACAGACAUCGGGUAAGGACCUUGACGCUCGG